GGGACGCAGAAGGAGAGAGGGGAAUAGUGGGAGGGAAAUCGUCCCUCUGCUAGUGAGCAGGACUGCUUUUCUUGUCUUCUUCGCCACUAAUGUUGCAAUAUGUUGAAGUUCUUCAGUGCCCGGGACGAUGAGAAUGAAAGCCUAUUGGGUUCAUUGACAGAAGAUGAAUCAGAUGCUCCGUCUCUGAUGGAUGCUAAGCAUCACUGGCUCCACAGACCCUGUCUGCUGAUGCUCAAAGAUGGGGAUGUCACAAAGCCAGGACAGCUGGGCUGUGGACACAUCGGAUCAGAUUCCCCUGCAAAACCCAAAGGCCAUUCAGAGGGGGUCCUGAGCCCAGGGGUGGCUCCUGUUUCCCAACUGGAGACCCCCGCUCAGAGACUGAUGAGACAGCUGGAGGAGGGAAACUGCACUGUGACCACUCUUUCAACAUGGGGAGAGAGGAAUUUUGGGGAGGCUUCUACCCCCCUAAUGCUCAGCCCCUCCAAAGCUGCUGGGCCAGAAGUGGAGGUGGAGGUAGAAGAGGAAGUGAAGAACAGGCCCCAGCCAUCCUCCUCCAAGGAGGACUCUGUGAUUGAGGAAAAGGAGCUGGAGGAGAGUGGACUUGAGCUGCAGGACCCCCCCAGUGGCUCAGAUGCCCUAGGCCCUUACCUUGACGACCCGUCUGGUCCCCCUGUGGAGGAGCCCAAUGGAGGCGGCCAUGAUGCCCAGAUCCAAGGGCCUAGACUGGGGCUUCAGAGCCAGACCAAAGCCAACGGACUAGCUAAUGAUGAGACCGAGACCAACGCCAACGGAGUUCAAGCAGAUAGUGAAGAGGGAGCUGUGGGGGACUGCACACCUUCCCCUAUGUCUCCAUUAGUGGAUCCAGACAAUGAGCUACAGGCCGGCCCCACGGGCAUUCUGUCCAGGGAGCGAGGCACUAUCCUGGGGGAGGUAGCCCCCGUGUGGGUCCCUGAUGCCCAGGCGCUGGUCUGUAUGAUGUGUGAUGUCAGGUUCACCUUCACCAAGAGAAGGCACCAUUGUCGCGCCUGUGGCAAGGUAUUCUGUUCAGUGUGCUCCGGUCUGAAGUUCCGACUAACACACCUGGAUGGGAAGGAGGGGCGUGUCUGUGUCUCUUGUCACUCAACCCUAGUGAAACGAACCCCUCCAAGGGGCAGGAGGAAGGUGUGGUUUGCUGAUGAGAUCCUAUCCAAUGAGAAAUCAGACUCUGCACCUUGUACCCCAAUCAGAGGCCCCACCUUUUCACCGCUAUUAUUGAGGAGAAGUAUAGCUGCUACAAUCAGAAGCGCCACUGGCUCACCACAGACCAGCAGGAGGGCCCCAAUAGCACAGGAGAUGCCCCUGCUCAAUCCUCUGCAGGAGGCGUGUGGGCCCUGUGGCUGGGGUACAGCAGCCUUGGUCAGCAGCCACAUCAGCAGCUCUGCCAACCUCAUCCCACUGGAGGGCCUCCCUCCCAUCCUCACCUCCACCGGAGUCAAAGGAGACUACACGGUUGAAGAGAGGCCCUCUGAGAUGGUUCUCAUCCAGGAGCUGGAGAGCGGCAGGCCCAACUCCCUGGUCUUUGUCCUCAACGCCAACCUACUGGCCAUGGUCAAGCUAGUCAACUAUGUAAACAGGAAGUGCUGGUGUGUGACGUCCAAGGGCAUGCAUGCGGUAGGCCAGGUGGAGGUGGUGGUCCUUCUGCAGUGUCUGCCUGAGGAGAAGAGCUUCCCCAAGGACAUCUUCAGCCACUUCAUACAGCUCUACAGGGACGCCCUCACAGGCAAGGUGCUAAGCCACCUGGGUCUCUCCCAGUUCUCCAGUAGUUUCCUGAGCAGUGAGGAGCAUGCAGGAUUCCUCUGGGUCCGCUCCACUCUCCAGUCCCUGCAGGGCCUGCCAAUGCCCAACCAGCCCUUCCUCUUUGGCCUACUCGUCCACCGGGCUGAAGUACCCUGGGCCAAGGCCUUCCCCCUGCGCCUCAUGCUCAGACUGGGGGCUGAGUACAGAUUUUACCCCUGUCCUCUGUACAGUGUGCGCUUCAGAAAGGCUCUUUUUGGGGAAACUGGCCACACCAUCAUGAGGCUGCUAGUAGACUUCAGGAAUUACCGGUACACUCUGCCAGUGGUGCCUGGACUCACUAUAGAUCUGGAAGCUCAGAGGACCUGCAUUAAAAUCCCUACCAACGGCUAUGAUGAGCUGAUGAGGGCUUUGAAUAAGUCCAAUGAGCAUGUGCUGGCCAUGGGGGCAUGCUUCAACGUGGCGGCAGACUCCCACCUCAUCUGUGUUCAGGGGGACGAUGGCCAGUACCAGACCCAGGCCAUCAGCAUCCACAAUCAGCCUCGCAAAAUCACCGGUUCCUGCUUUUUUGUGUUCAGUGGAGCUCUGAAAGCAGCAUCAGGAUAUCUUGCCAAAUCCAGCAUCGUGGAAGAUGGGCUGAUGGUGCAGAUCACCGUGGAGACCAUGGUGGAGCUUCGCCGGUCGCUACGGGAGAUGAAAGACUACACCAUCACCUGUGGGGGGAUUGACCAGUCAGACAGCCAGGAGCAUGUCCAGGUCCAAUGGCUGGAUAAGGAAUGCACUUUGAAUAAGGGUGUUAUCAGCCCCAUUGAUGGGAAGUCCAUGGAGUCCGUCAACAGUGUGAAGAUGUUCCAAAAGUCAGAAUACAAGUCCAAUGGAAAGGUCAUCCGCUGGACAGAGGUGUUCUUUGUACAGAGAGGGGAUCAUCCUAAGAGCCAGAGUGACCACCAUACAGAACACAGCCGGCUGACAGAGAGACUGGCCAGGGCAUUCUGCCUGGCACUGUGCCCACACCUCAAGCUGCUGAAGGAGGAUGGCAUGGCCAAGCUGGGGCUGCGUGUCACACUGGACUCCCAACAGGUGGGGUUUGUGGCCGGCAGUAAUGGCCUGCCCCUCCCAGCCCCGUACCUCAACGCCCUGGACACCGUGCUGACGCCCAUCAUCCACAGCAGGGGGCGCAAGAGGAGCGAGGGACCCGUAGUCAUAGAGCUCAUCUUCUAUAUCCUGGAAAACAUCUCCUAGGGGAGGGGGUCAAAGUGCACACACUCAUCUCCACAUCGCGCCAUCCACUCACCAUCCUCUCUCCUGGCUCUCCAUUUGUGCUGCUGUGAGUUCGAAGGAGCUACAAAACAGCAUUGGUUGAAGGAGUAAGCUCAUUCGAUGGACAUAAAAGCUCACCUCCAGGCUCUAUAUGUCUCAGCCAGCCUGUGGCAAGGGGUGGCUGGGUGGUAAAGUGGUCUGACUCACCAAAGCUGUUCCAUAGGUCACCCUGCCUUGGCCUCUAAUUCAGCAGCAGAAAGAAAUACCACCCUCGUUGUUUUUCCACUGUCAGGCUUUGUACCAGUAUCACCAGUGUUACUGUGGAAUAACACCAAAACACACACAUGAAACCCAAAAGUGGCCAUGAGAUCAGGGUAUAGUAAUCUGCUUUCAUUUCGUGGCUUGAGACCAGUACGUCUGUAUAUUUUCAAUAGAAAUGCCCAUAUUUUGAGAAUGCCUUUAAACUGGGGACUGGAUUCAGCCCCUGACCUUAAAAAGCAAUGGGAAAAAGAGAAUGACUUCAACAGAAAUAUAUCAGUAGAUCUGUAGCUAGCCGUUUGAUGCAUACUGAAUGAAUGUUUAAGAAUGUUUUCAUAUUUGAAUGUAUUUGAAUUCCUCUUGAUUGCCCCUGAAAUGCAUUACUGUCAACCUAGGAUUAAUUAAACAUGAUAUUAACACGAGGAAAUCAUACAAGGUUUUGAUUUUUAAACCAAAUCACAUUUUAUUGGUUGCAUACACAUAUUUUCCCGAUUGUUUUCUCAGGUGCAGUAAUUCCGAACAAUACAAAAAAAUACACACAAAUCACCCAAAAUAAAAAUAAAGAAAUAUCAGAACGAGCAA